GGGCCUGGAUGCUCACGUCACGCGGAAAAUCUACUACUUAUACUUUGACCACAACAUCCACCACGCCCAGAUUUUCCUCUCUGUGGAUCGAGCCCAUAAGUGAGGAGCCCGAAGACCUCGCCGCUCCAAACACAAAGCGUCAUCGUACUCGUACUCCACUCACACGAACCCACUCUGCUCCUCAACUCAUCUCCACGAAAACUACACAGCCUUUCCACACAUUCAGAAUGGCCAACUCCAACGCCACCUUGAUGCCUCGUGCUGAUUCGUUCAACGCGCGCGUCCGGGGCACCAGCCACAUCGAUUUCCGCACCGCGACCACUGGUGUCGCCGCCAAAACGAUGCGCAACGAGAUUAGCCACCUCGUGGCUACCAUCAGCGAUCCUCAGACCAAGAAGGCAUUCGACACCGAGAUGCAGGCGUUCUUCUACCUGUUCACGCGCUAUUUGUCAGAGCGCGCCAAGAGCGUCGACCUCGACUGGGACCUCAUCAAACCCCCUGCCGAUGGCCAGAUUGUGCCUUAUGCCGAUCUCCCAAAGCCGAAGGAUACGAAGAACAUGAACAAGCUCGCCGUCCUCAAGGUCAAUGGAGGACUGGGUACAUCUAUGGGGAUGACUGGAGCGAAGAGCGCGCUCGAGGUCAAGGACGAUAUGACCUUCCUCGACCUCACCGUGCGCCAGAUCGAGCACUUGAACACGACUUGCCAUGUUGACGUCCCUCUCAUCUUGAUGACGUCAUUCAACACGCACGAGGAUACCCUGCGUAUCAUCAAGAAGUACGCGAACCAGCAGCUGCGCAUUACCACCUUCAACCAGUCUCGUUACCCCCGUAUUUACAAGGAGACUCUGCUGCCUUGCCCGAAACGUGCCGAUGACGACAAGAAGAACUGGUACCCCCCCGGUCACGGUGAUCUGUACAACGCCUUGUUGCACUCGGGUGUGCUCGACCAGCUGCUCUCCGAGGGCAAGGAGUAUCUCUUCGUGUCCAACUCUGACAACCUGGGUGCAGUUGUCGAUGAGAGCAUCCUGCAACAUAUGAUUGACACCCAGGCCGAAUUCUUGAUGGAAGUCACCGAUAAGACUAAGGCUGAUAUCAAGGGUGGUACCCUGAUCAACUACGAAGGCUCAAUGCGUCUGCUCGAGGUUGCCCAGGUGCCUUCCGAGCAUGUCGAGGACUUCAAGUCCGUGCGCAAGUUCAAAAUCUUCAACACAAACAAUCUCUGGAUCGACCUCAAAGCGCUGAAGCGGAUCAUGGAGACGGACGCAAUGGAGCUCGACAUCAUCAUCAACCCCAAAGUCAAUGAUGAUGGCCAGGCCGUCGUCCAGCUCGAGACCGCAGCCGGUGCUGCCAUCAAGCACUUCAAGAAUGCUCACGGAAUCAAUGUUCCUCGCAAGCGUUUCCUGCCUGUCAAGAGCUGUUCCGAUCUCCUGCUGAUCAAGAGUGACAUCUAUUCUCUUGAGCACGGCCAACUCGUCAUCAACGAGGCCCGGAUGUUCGAGACAACCCCUGUCAUCAAGUUGGGCGACCACUUCAAGAAGAUCCAAAACUUCCAGAAGCGCUUCAAGAAGAUCCCCAAGAUCCUUGAGCUUGACCACUUGACUGUCACAGGCGACGUCUACUUUGGGCGCAAUGUGACAUUGCGCGGGACCGUCAUCGUCGUCGCCAACGAGGGCCAGCGUAUCGACAUUCCUGACGGUUGUAUUCUGGAGAACCGCCUGUUGUCCGGAAACUUGAACAUGAUUGAACUCUAAUUACUUUGAUACCCACGCGAGGAAUAAUUGACUUUUGGUGGAAAGUAGAUGUGAUCCGGUAGAAAGAAUGGACUUUUUUUUGCACGCAAUAUACCAAUCACAGAUCCUGCCGAAUCGAUCACCGGCUGUCGUAAAAGCAACGUGAAUGGAAGGGACUUGCCACCAUGGUCAGAUUUCCCGAC